GGCUGCCCCCGGGCUGGGCUCGGCUGGCGCUACCUUCACCGAGGAGGCCUUCACCGCGACCGGCUCCGUCUGGGGGCACGGGGCCGCUGCAGGCGUUGGUCUUCUUCCCAAGGGCGCCAUCCCGCGAGUCGACCUCCUUGACGGACUGCGCGAACACGCGCCCUCGGAAACGUGCCGGAAAGCUCUGGACAAAGUGAUCCAGGCCAGAACCCAGCUGCGACUGUGGGCCCUCAAAAUGCUCUCGUCGUCCGUGGCGCUCCCGGACGCGCUGCUGGCCGCCAACAUGUACUCGCUGGGCGACUUCGACGGCUGCCUGUCGGUGCCCGAGGCAGUGUACUGCCUGCUGGACGUGGAGGUCCGCCCGGCCAGGCAGUCCGGGGCGCCCCCUCUGCCGACGCACCCUGGCGACGAAGUGAGCCCCUUCGAGCCGCCGCACGGCCACAACGCCACCCUCUGGGACCUGCUGCAGACUUCGGGCAACCGGCGGCGGUUCCGGCGCGACCUGCAGCAGUGGGCGCACAGCGACUGCACCGACUUCGACGCCCAGCACGGCCGGCGCGCGGACACCUUUUGGAAAGCGCUGCACAAGAACCCUUCCUUACAGCUCGGCACAUUGUUCAUCCUGGCCUUCCCCGUCCUCGUCCUGGUGGCCUCGGCGCGCACCGCGUUCCGCGAGUUCGGCGCGGACCCCGACGCCGCCGACUGCCGCCCUCUGCCAGAGAAACAGAGCAUGCUGGGGCAGUUGAUGGACUGCUUCGCGGUGCAGAACACCGGCAGGAAGCUCUGCCGGUUCCAGAGCUCCCAGAUCCACUCCAUCCAGGGCCUCCGCACCGCCACCAUGAUCCUCAUCGUCUUCGGCCACCACUGCAUGUAUCUGUUCGGCGGCCCGGUGCUCAACCCAGACUUCUUGGAAACCGCGUACACGCGCCUGAUGAGGAUGCUGGCGGUGAACGGCACCGGCGUGGUGGCCACCUUCUUCGUCAUCAGCGGCUUCCUGGAGGCGCGCCUCUCCAUGAUGCACAUCGGCAAGCUGCGCCGCUUCAACCUCAUGGUGGUGCUCGCGCACUACGCCAUCCGCUACUUCAGGCUGUUGCCUGCGCUGGCCGUGGUGCUGGCCGUCGAGACGCAGUGGAUGCAGUACAUGGGCUCGGGGCCGUUCUGGGGGCAAGUGGUGGGCAGGGUGGUGCGGGACUGCCAGCAGUACUGGUGGACGCACCUCCUCUUCGUCAACAACUACGUCGCCCAGGGGUCCACGUGCAUGAUCCAGACGUGGUUCGUGGCCGCCAUCCUGCAGAUGUACCUGGCCACGCCGCUGCUCAUGUGGCUGGUGAGUCGGUGGACGCUGCGCGCGCUGUGGCCGGGCUGCUGCCUGCUGGGCUUGCUGCUGGCGGCCGCCGCCGCCACGUACUACGCCACCGCGCUGCAGCAGGGCCUGCUGCCCUCCCUGCACAUCUACCCCCAGCUGCUGCGGCGGCUCAACCUGGCCGACGACCCCACCUUCGUCCACCAGUACGUCCAGACGCACAACAACGCCGUGCCCUACGUGGUGGGCCUCAUCGUGGGCACACUGUUCUACCUGGCCAACCGGCGUGAGUGGCGCCCCUCCAAGACGAUGGGGACCUUGAUGUGGCUGGGGAUCCCCCUGACCCUCGUCAUCCUGCUCGCCUCCUUCUUCUCGAUGGUCGUCUUCUACCUGCCCUCGUUCGAGGCCCGGCCGCUGCUGGACACGGCCUACGGCCCCGCGCGGCUGCUGGGGUUCUCGCUGCCCGCCGCCUGGAUCAUCUUCACCUGCGGCUUGGGCCACGGCGGCCUGUUCGACAGCAUCCUGACGUGGAAGCCCGUGGUGACGCUGGGCCGCAUCACGUACUCGGUGUACUUGGCGCACGUCGCCGUCAUCCUGGUGUCGUCGGGCAUCGCGCGCCACCCGAUGUACGUCAGCGACUACAGCCUGGUGGGCCAGUCCGUCGGCACCGUCGUCGUCUCCUACAUCAUGGGCACGGUGCUGCACUUCUGCGUCGAGGCCCCCAUGGCGAACGUGCUGGCCAUCGUCGUCGGCUACUGGUUCCAGAACUCGGACUCCGCCGCCCUGACCAAGGAGAGGGGCCCUGCGGACGAGGUGGCGCAGCAGGCCCCCGAGGCCCCCGACGACUCCGAGGACGUGCACGAGGACACGUCCAGGAGGAGCUCGACCUGCACGACCAACAUGUGAUCCUCGGAGGGGAUGAUGCUCUAAUCACCAAAAACCAUAUGUACAACAUUUACAAUAAAC